AGGUGGGUGGGAAGUCUAAACCGCACUGCAGGACCUUUUUAAAAACUGAUGUUCAGCAACAACCUUUUCAAGACAUACUCUCUUGUCGCUCACACCUUCACACACUCUUCUGAGCUCAGCAAACAUGAGCAAUAACUUCGGUCCCCCAUCCCAACCAGUGUUCAUGGUGGAUUCUGGCAGAGGUGACCCUAAACAACAUCAGUACUACCACCAGCGGAUGCCCAGGCGCACAGAGCCACCCAUGGUUCCCUGCUGGACGUUCCCCCCUGCCCGAGCAGAGAUGAAGAGAAAGAGCUGGGGAGGGAUGAAUGCUGGGAUGGCCUGGGUACUGACUUUGAUUCUCCUGCUGGUUUUUGCAGCCCUGGGACUGGGAGCCUAUCAGAUCCUGAGGUUACAGACUGAAGUGGAGCGCCUGACACAGGAAAGGCCCACACAAAUACAGAGCGUCGCUCCACAGAGACAAGUUGGCCUGAAUCCUGCUGAGCUCAACAAGAACAAACAAAAAACUGCUGCACACUUAAUAGGCUGUGCAGACCAGAGCGCAUCAUCUGGCGCUCUGAAGUGGGAAGAGAAACGCGGCGAGGCCUUCACACAUGGCAUCAAGUACAGCAACGGUGGCCUUCAGGUUAACGAGAGCGGUUUGUACUUUGUUUACUCCCGAGUGGAGUUUCUUUCACGCACGUGCAAGGCCUCAGACCUCCAUGCUCACAAAAUGAGUCGGCAGAGAAACGGCCAUAACCUCAUAAUCAUGGAAGAUCACACAGAGGGCUUCUGUACGCCGGGGAGAAACCAGCCAUGGAUGACGGGAAGCCAUCUAGGCUCACUUCAGCAACUCAAGGAGUCCGACUGGCUGUUUGUCAAUGUCUCACACCCCCAUCUGCUCAGCAAAAAUUUCCACAACAAUUAUUUUGGCCUCUUCAAGAUCCAAUGAUCAUAGAGGACAUCUAAGUGGCGCUUAGGAAGGGCAUGGUUGUGAGUUCAGAUGAAGAGGUCAGCGGUCUUUGGACUAUAAUCAACCCUGAGACCCUUACCGCAAUCUGUCCGCUUGCUAUUGUCAAAUCAUAAUUGAUUUUGAAUGUAUCAGUUACCUGUGGCCAUUACGUUUGGAAAGUUGUGCAGAAGAGUUUCAGAUUGAAUGAACACUAAUAUGCUUCUGUAUCAGGAGAAGGUAGAUUAAAUAAAAAUAUUUAUUGUCCUUAAACUCUGAUUGUUUAUUAAUGUGAUCAAUGGUCAUAUUGACUGAGUAAUAGAUCAAUAAUGCCUAUAAUAAAACCUUUAAUUGUGUAAA